UAGAGUUUCAUUGACUCAAUCCAAACGGUUCGAACCCAAAACCAGGUUUUGUGAACAUUGGAGCUCAAACAAUGGCCGUCACCCUCAACCACCAUCCUCUACCCUCACCGUUGUUCACUCUCCCACCGUCCACCACCCCAUUCCACCGUCAUCUUCGCCGCCACAGAACCUCUCUAUCUAAACCCACAAAACACACAUCUCUCUCUGCUACUUCACCCCCAAAUCAAAACCCUUCAUCCUCAAUCUUCCUCCCUUUUCUCGAAGAACAAGAACAAGACACUUCAGACUCACAAACCCCACAAAAAGAUGAAUUUAUCACAGACCCAAUUCAUAAAUUCUUCAAAUUUCAAACUUCUUCUCAGUUUCCAGACCCCCCACAUGAAGGCAAAUUCACCCUCCAAAAAAACCGCCGUUCUUCUUGGCACCUCUCCCCAUCCAUCACCAAUCAAGAACCCAAAUUAAAUCCCGAAGAGCCCGAAACUGAACCCGAAUUAAAUCCGGAUGAAUACGGAGAACUCGACAUUGAUGUUACUGAAUCUGGAAAGGAAUUUGAAGUGGGAAUUAGUAGUGGGAGUGAUUGUGUGAAUGAGAUUAUUAAAAUUGCUAGGAAUUUGCAGGAGAAUGUGACUUUAGGGGAGGUUUUGGGCCCCUUUGAAGGGAGAUUGAGUGAGAGAGAGUGUGUUCAAGUAUUGGGAUUGAUGGGUCAAGAAGAGGGGUUGACAAUGUGUUGUUUGUAUUUCUUUGAGUGGAUGAGUUUGCAGGAGCCUUCAUUGGUUACACCAUGGGCUUAUUCUGCCUUGUUUCCUGUGUUGGGAAGAGCAAGAAUGGGUGAUAAAGUGAUGAUUUUGUUUGAUAAUUUGCCUGAUUCUGUGGAGUUUAAGCAAGUUCAUGUGUAUAAUUCGGCUAUCUCGGCUCUUUCGUAUUGCGGGAGGUACGAUGAUGCUUGGAGAUUGUUUGAGGCAAUGGAAAAAGACAACGUUGAACCAGAUCACGUAACGUGUUCUAUAAUGAUUACAAUCAUGAGAAAAAAGGGCAACAGCGCAAAAGACGCAUGGGAGUUCUUUGAAAUCUUGAACAUGAGAGGACUUAAAUGGAGCUUAGAAGUUAUGGGUGCUCUAAUUAAAUCGUUUUGUGACGAGGGUUUGAAGAAAGAAGCUCUUAUUAUCCAGGUAGAAAUGGAGAAAAAAGGGAUCGCUUCUAAUGCAAUUAUAUAUAACACAAUCAUAAACGCUUAUAGCAAAUCAAAUCAAAUCGAAGAAGCCGAAGGUCUAUUUGCUGAAAUGAAAUCAAAAGGAAUUGUUCCCACCACUGCUUCUUACAACAUAUUAAUGGAUGCAUACAGUCGAAGAAUGCAACCGGAAGUUAUCGAAAAAUUGAUGGAAGAAAUGGAAGAGACAGGAUUAAAACCGGACGUUAAAUCGUAUACUUGUUUAGUUAGUGCUUAUGGGCGCCACAAGAGAAUGAGUGACAUGGCUGCUGAUGCGUUCUUGAAGAUGAAAAAAAACGGUAUAAAACCGACAUCCCAUUCUUACACAGCUCUUAUACAUGCGUAUUCAAUCAGCGGGUGGCAUGAAAAAGCUGACGUGGCAUUUCAAAACAUGUUACAAGAAGGGGUAAAACCGUCAAUAGAAACCUACACGGCUUUAUUGGAUGCAUUCAGACGGGCUGGUGACGCCGAGUCGUUAAUGCGAAUAUGGAAAAUGAUGAUUAAGGAUAAAGUGGAAGGAACACGAGUCACGUUUAAUAUUCUUGUAGACGGGUUUGCUAAACAAGGUAUGUAUAUAGAAGCACGGGAUGUGAUAUGCGAAUUUGGGAAAAUUGGUUUUCAGCCAACUGUUAUGACGUUUAACAUGCUGAUAAACGCGUAUGCACGUGGAGGGCAAGAAGGUAAAUUGCCACAACUGCUAAAGGAGAUGGCUGUGCUACAAUUGAAACCUGAUUCGAUUACUUAUUCCACCAUGAUUUAUGCUUAUGUUCGUGUUAGAGAUUUUAAGAGGGCGUUUUAUUAUCAUAAACAAAUGGUGAAAAGUGGGCAAGUGCCUGAUGCCAAAUCAUAUCAUAAGUUGCGGUCGAUUUUGGAUGUGAAAGCCGCUACUAAGAACAAGAAGGAUAAGAGCGCGAUUAUGGGUAUAAUUAGUAGUAAGUUGGGGUGGGUUAAGGUUAAGAAGGCAAAGAAAGAUGAGUUUUGGAAGAACAAGAAGAAAUGGUCAUGGGAUCGUGGGUCGGAUACAGUUGGAAGCAGAUGAUUCAAGAUUUGACCUUUCAUCUUGUUUUGUAAGAGCCCAUUAGGAUGUUCGAAAGCCCGGCUCGACCUGCUUGAACAUGAGGAGGCGGGUUCGGUCCUCAAAACAUGGAUUUAGUAAACAACUUUGUAAUGGAUAGUUUAAUGAGGUGAGCUAGAGAAUGGCUUUGACUAGUUGGUUCAUAAGGUGUAAAGAAUGUUUUGUUGUUUUAUUACAUACAUAGCUUUGUAAAGAAAAUGUUGUAUGUGUUUUUUUGGGGAUUAUUGGAUUAAAAGAACCUCAGCUGGAAAUCUGAACAUUUGGUAUGGA